UUUGAACCAAGGAAUGAAUGAGGACAUUUCCGUCAAUUUCUCAUGUUCAAAACGCUGAACAAGUGUUGGGAACGCUGAAAAUCAAAUUUUCUUCAGCGGUAACGCGUUUGGACCGCAGUGACUGGAUAAAACCGUAACCGCCGCUCGGAAGAACAUUUGUUAUCAUCUCCCGACGAUGAAUUUUCACGGCGUCUCAGGUCAUCCCGAGCCUAAUUCCGAACCUCCGAUCACAGCUUCGAGUCCUCCGACUCCGAAGAUGAAGAUUAGUCCCAAAUUGAAUCGAUGGUCCAUGGCCCGAGCUUUAAGAUCCGGUGUUAAGGUCAACCGUCCGAUUCAUCGUACUGAUAACACACCCUGCCGUCAAAUAAAGACGGAUGAGUCUGAUAGGAAGACAUCGACAAUCGACGGUGGUGGUGAUGACGCGGAGAUAACGGCGGGAAAGUCGAUAUAUUUGGUAUCCGACGGGACUGGGUGGACGGCAGAGCACUCCGUUAACGCCGCUUUGGGGCAAUUCGAAGAUCGCUUGGUCAAUCGUGGUUGCUCUGUUAACACCCAUCUCUUCUCUUGGAUCGAGGAUGAGGAGAAGCUAAUAGAGAUAAUCAAGCAGGCGGCGAAAGAAAAGGCGAUGUGCUUCUACACUUUAGCAAACCCUUCAAUGGCGAAAUACGCGAAAGAGGCUUGCGAGCAAUGUGGGGUGCUUUCGGUUGAUAUUCUAGGACCAAUCAUCGAAGGGAUUGCAUCUCACUUGGGUGCUUCUCCGUCAGGUCUUACCCGUGGAGCCGCCGGGAGGGUCAAGACUCUCAACGAUGCAUACUUCAAAAGAAUCGAAGCCAUUGAGUUCACCAUUAAGCAAGACGAUGGGACUUUACCGGAGAACCUAGGCAAGGCUGACAUCAUUCUUGUCGGUGUUUCCCGCACAGGCAAGACCCCAUUGUCUACUUACAUCGCUCAGAAAGGUUACAAAGUCGCAAACGUACCGUUCGUGAUGGGUGUGGAACCGCCCAAGACGCUUUUUGAGGUCGAACCGAGAAAAGUCUUUGGUUUGAAGAUUCAACUUGCUGUACUGCAAGCCAUCAGGAGAACAAGGGCUAAAACGUUAGGCGUGGAUACAGAAGCUGAGAACAAUUACUCCGGGUUCGAUCUUGUUCGCAAAGAACUUGAUUUCGCAUCAAGGAUCUACGCCAAAAACCCUGGAUGGGCUGUAAUAGAUGUGACGAAUAAGGCGAUUGAAGAAACCGCAGCGGUGAUUCUGCGGCUUUACCAUGACGGUAGAGACAGUAGUAGCUCUUCUGUACCGUGUAUAUCAAAACGCUACUAAGCUCACUCCUUUCCUUGCGAGGAUGAAACAGUCAAGUUUGGUAGUAUCUCCUAAAGAGAAAGCUUUGUCUCAAAUGCAAAUGGCAAUACUUGUUGUCUCUAAUAAUUAACAAAUCAAACCAAGGCGGGGAAUUUUGUUUCAAAUUUUGUCCAAAUUAAUAAAUGUAUCCAAAUUUUAUACUCUUGUGGUACAUAUUCAUGGAAACAAUCAAAUGAAGAUGAGAGGGUGACGGAAUAACACCCAAAACAAAA